AUGGCCAGUAGUAAAGUGCUUGUAAACUUCUUGUCUGUUGAAGACUUGCAGACAAUUCCAAAUAUUGGCCCAAGGUUAGCAUCUACUAUUGUAGAUUUGCGUGAGCAUUAUGGCAAUCUCACACCAGAAAGUUUGCAGACAGUGCUUCGGCAUAAACUGUCGGACACUGUCAUGCAAGAGUUGGAUUUCACCCCAAACAGAGACUUGGUCGGCAACACCUGCCCACCUCCUCUAGGUGUUCAAACAUCCCAUACCACCCCUCUUGUUUCAAAAAUUGAGCUAGAGGUUGACGGGUUUGAGACCUUGGUUGCCUCUGCACAAAAGCAGUUGAAUGACCGCAUUGAUCAACUUACAUCAAUGCUACCUAGUGUCCCACAGCACUAUAAAUCUGAUCAUGUAUUGCCACGCCCCAGUGUUUACAAUCAGACAAAUGCCCCUGUUCCAAUGGCCCACCACUAUAUGCCAACACCACAACAGCUGAAACCCCAGUACCCCGUUCAACAAAGGUUGGACCUGGGUAGACUGCGAGAAAGUGACAGUGACGAGGAUGUCCAGUCAGCGUCUGGUAUCCCUCGCUCUUACAGUACCCGACAGAAAAAGGUACGUAUGCAUAAAAGCAGUCGGUUACCUCACUCCAAACUCCUGUCCCUUCACCGUCUUGAUUCAUCUACUGAUGAGUCCGACACUAGACAAGCCCCAAUGAUAAAGAGUGAGCAAGUCAAGUUACACUCCUCCUUACCUGAUAAGGACCAUAUUUCGCAAAAACAUGCGGAAUACCCCCAAAAGGUAGUACAGGCGUCCCCUCAUGGCCACUCUGUGCGCAAGGGUAGUCAGGCAUUAAAGGAUAUACCUAAAUCUCUGGUAUAUGAUGGUAAAUCGAGCUGGCAUUCAUUUGAAAUGAAGUUUCAGCAGUGUGCACAAUCAUUUGGCUGGAGUACAGAUGAUUGUAAACUCUGCUUAUUACAUUGUUUGUCAGGGAAGGCACUCGACAAAUGUGCUCGAUUGCUUCAAUGCAGUCCAAAAAUGCCUUACCGUUCUUUAUUGAGCAAACUUAAGGAGCGGUUCGGCUCAGAGUUUCCCGCCUCUGCGCAAGCCAAGUUCGCUGACGCUUCCCAGGAAAAAGGUGAGUGUAUGGAAGACUGGGCAGAUAGGGUACAAGAGUUAGCGGCUGAAGCUUUCCGGUCACUGCCGGAGACCUUCACAAACCAGCAGGCGAUAGACCGCUUCUGUCAAGGCCUGCAAGAUCGAGAAGCUGGUCAUAGCACCUUCAUGCGUAAGUAUACAACCAUUGAAGAGGCCAUGAAUAACAUCAGGUUGUUUCAGCAUUCCAAGAGUGCUAUGGGCAAGAAAAAAUCUAUUCAUAAAGCAGUAGAUUAUGACGAAGAUGUAGCAAAUGUCUACGCCGUUCAGAAUCCUUCUGGACCUGCGUUAGACAUGAGCGUUCUCAAGAGAGAACUACAGAGUCUGCGAGAAGAGGUGAAGCGGCUUGGAGAAGCUAGGCCCACUCAACUGCGUAGCAGACAACAGCGUUUCAACCGUCCGCGAGGUACGUAUGGCUGUUACAUUUGUGAUAGUAAGUCGCACUUGAUCGCCGAAUGUCCCCACAAGAAGGACUUUAAGGCGUUUGUUUUAAACGCAAAAGGGUCAGGAUAGGGAGCCAAUCCUUGACCCAAGAAUACUCCGGCUCAAACCCAGAACAGCGAAACGAGGUAUGUAGCAAACUUGUUUCUAAUGAGACCGUACCAUCCA